AUGGACCCCACGAAACGGGCGUUACGGGAAGAAUCAAAGCACUAUAAUCAACCAUCCAACUCAACGACAGCUUUCGCCGAAUCCUGCGGGUUUAAAUACUUAACAGCUCAACCUGUGCCCACAACCGAGCCGAAGAGCUACACUCCCAUUGGGAACGCCUUGCAAGACGCACGUGGUCUACAGAUUAAUCUCUUAAACAUGCCUACUUAUGUUCGACGCGAUAUUUCCACGGAUGGCGAGACCAGUACCACUUUGGAGGCUAGCGAUUUCGAGUUGACCCAACUGAGGAAGAGGCAUCUCUCCGAUAUCAGUGUUGAUGUAGGUCGCUGGUCAGGUGAUAAGAACUACCGUCUGCUCACCACUAGGAUGGAUCCACGACAAUAUCACGACCGUGCCUGGUGCUCGGAUACACCGGGCUUCGUGUGCUCCGACCAGAUCCUCAAUUACUUGCCAGUCAGUGAACUGAGCAAAAUCGAAUCGGGUAACCCCUAUGGCUCAAGAGAUAGAGCCCGAUUACAAGGCUGUUUUGGAAAUGUCGGCAAAGUGUUGAUUCCACGAAACUUCGUCAUGCGACCAGGGCUUUCUCUUCUGCUUGGUCGAUUGGGUAGACUGGAUGUGAUGCAGGCUCCAGGUCCGGUAUAUUUCACCACCUUUUCGUUUCUUCCCGUCCACAUUGUGGAACAGUCGGAUGUGGACGAGUACAUGGAGAAGCACGCCGCCAUUCUGGGACCGGGUCAUCGUCCAUCUGACGCAUCGGAUGCUGUUGGACCAUUCGGCACGCUUCCACCAUUCGAUUCCCGCGUUUUAGAACCAAUAGAGGCACAAUCGAAUCUGGAUUCAUCAGCUGCUGACGUUGUGCUCUCUGGUGCCGGCUGGAUCAGCGUCGCCGGCCUCAUCCAUCGUCGUGCAUCUCGUUAUGAAGAAGAUGAGGCGACUCAGGACAACAAUAUCAGCGGUGUUGCUACUCAAUUUUGCGACGAUUCGAAGUCUGUCUUUGAUCCGGAUUCAAAUAUCCACUUGUGCGCUUGGACUCCUGGUGCGUUGGGCAUCUCGGUACGCAAACCUGCGCUUAUCCCGGAUGUCAUCAGGCGUCGCAAGCGUCGAUUUUUCAUGACUCGGGAAUUUUCCAUCUCUGCGUGA